AUGGGAAACAGCCAAUCACAAAAACAAUCAAAAAAUUGUCAAGCAGCUAUUUGGAACAACAUGACUGCGUCACAUUUAGCAAACCCACGUGGCCCACCUUACUUAGCCUAUAUUAUUUCUGGGAUACCUCAGCGCCACAAUUCCACGCGCAAGCAGCUUCGUGAUGCAUUACCGGGAUUUUUUAAUUUUAAUCAUAAACAACCCGUUUCACUCAAUGAUUCGAGGAUUUUACGAACUGUUGACAUGAAAGUUUCGUCGCUCUUACUGACUUACAUUGAUCUCUGGAAUGAUAUUGGAGCAAGAUCACCAAUCGAACUUCGAGAAAACGACUGGAUAUUUUUAUUUGAAGAUGAUGUCGCAAUAAUUCCUCGUAGGAUCAUGAAAUCGUUUUACAAAAGAAUUUACGAAAAAUGGAGAUAUAGAAGUCCAAAUCCUAAUUUAGCAAAAACCAUCGAACAAGCAUUGGAAUUGGCGAAGAAUGAUGGCAUUCUUUAUCUUGGCACAUGUGGAUCUGCCUAUGUGAAUAGUAGUACAGGAGUUUCUUAUUCACGUGAUGGCUUAAUUGAAUUCCGUCGUGGUACCCACUUUUGCACUCAUGCUAUAGCCUACAUGAAAUGGCGUGCACGGAGAAUGUGGGAUGAUUUGGCUGUCUAUAGACUCUUUCACAAUGCAUUUGGUGCUGAUACAAUAGCUAAUCACUGGCAAAAACUUUCAAAAACUUAUCCAUUCUGUAUUGCUCCUAAUAUACACUGGCCGCCUGGUACUGGUCAUCAUGGGUUCUUCUUUCAAGAUAGAGGAACACACACCUCAACUAUACAAUGA